CUGUGAUUGGCUGAAGCGGUGUAACCCUCCUGCUGUAUGCUUGAAGGUGAAGUAGGUGCAAGUGUGUGAAUCUCACAGUCCAGAAUGUCAUCCAGUGGACUUUUAACCAUGCGCACGCAAUUUUGUAAACGCCUGGCUCACAGGUACCUCUCAAGAACCUACACGUCUCGCCCUUCGCUCAAUGAAGUUGUCAUCGUCAGUGCAGUCCGCACUCCAAUGGGGUCCUUCAGAGGCAGCCUGGCAGCGGUGCCAGCCACCAGACUGGGCUCCAUCGCCAUUAAGGGAGCCAUAGACAAAGCAGGAAUCGCUCCUGAGGAGGUGAAGGAAGUCUACAUGGGCAACGUGCUUCAGGCAGGAGAAGGCCAGGCCCCCACAAGACAAGCCUUGCUUGGAGCAGGCUUGACCCUCGGCACUCCAGCAACCACCAUCAACAAAGUCUGUGCCUCCGGAAUGAAGUCCAUCAUGAUGGCAGCUCAGAGUCUAAUGUGUGGACACCAGGACGUGAUGGUGGCAGGAGGCAUGGAGAGCAUGUCCAACGUACCUUAUGUGAUGUCCAGAGAUACCCCGACAUACGGAGGAGUGAGGAUGGAAGACCUCAUUGUCAAGGAUGGACUCACUGACGUCUACAACAAAUUCCACAUGGUAACUAUCAAGCUCCAUCAAGCUAAUAUCACCAUGUCAUAUAUUUCAAUUUUUCUUGGAGAUGACGUUUGAAUG